UAUGCCCUGUCCAUAACCAGCCGAGACGUGUCUAAGCUACAACACAGAAUGUGAUGCAGUACUCGGUGCACGUCACCGUUUUAGUUUAGGAGAUAACAGACGACAGGGUAAUUUUCGUCUCGUUUUAUCUUACGCUCCGGCGGCCGGGGAGAGUGAAAACACCGCUGUCACUGCGAGUUGUCUCGCGUUUUAAGAUCUGAGAUAAUUUGCACUAUUUCUGUUGUGAUGCCGUUGUAGAUCCGAUUGUCUCCGCCGAGGCCAGACGAUUCUGUCAUCCUCAGUGGUUCGGCAUGUAGGCCGUGGAAUGAAUAGUUGCCUCCUUCAGCACUUGUUCUCUUUGUCGAUAUCCCAUCGGAAUUUACUCCUCGGUACUAACAGUAAACAGGCUGUAUUGUGGGCCGAGAGCGGAGGUUGCCCCGGUUGAACUGCGCUCCGCUUCAGCGUGGUCUCUCACCCUUGGAGUUUGAAUAAUUGUGUGCAGUGCACCACAAAAGCAGCCGGCCUACUUCUCCGAGGUUGUACUAGAGCAGUACUCGGUGAAUUUUGCAUUCAACGGGGCAGGCUGAUGGUCCGACUUUUACCCCCUUCAUGUUUAGAAGUGGGGUGAUGGCGACAGACGGUUCGAGGUCGAUGUAAACAUCGCCCACGGGUCACGAGAUGGACCGUGAGGUUGGAUAAAACAAGCCCCGGGCGAGACGAGUUUAUGGAGGGGUCAGCCACCAUCAACCGCCGGUGCUCGCUGCGCAUUUUCACGCUGGCUUGACUUCAGCAUUUUCUGAGCUCUUGAUGUCUGGUGGGGGAAAAAAUCACCCCUUGUAUAAAUACAGUAUAUGCAUGCCGUACUCCGGCGCACUCUCAUAUCACUCUCAUAAUAAUGCGGACCGUUGGAUAAAUAUGCGACAGGAAUUCGCAAUAUUGGAUGCUGUUCUUCAAAAUAACAAGACGGCGUUUUAUCAUGCACAUGCCAUACUGGCGGUAUGCACGCGGGAGUGACGCAAAGACGGGGGCAGGCAGGUGAAGUUAUGACAGCAUAAGAACGGUGUAAUCAACCAAUUGAUAAUGUCUCACGUAUAACGCCACAGUGUCAGUUGAUGACGAAGUGACGGGAAUUUAAUAUCCUUGUCAGAACUGGCGACGGAGAUGGUACGGCUCAGAGCGGUCCGUCGUUACUGGAAACUGCUGCAACCAGUCUAGUUUCCUGACUACCUUUAAUUAAUGGAUUGUACCAAAGCGAACUCUGUGGCUGAAAUCGAGUACACCGUAUGGGACAAGAGGGGGCGCACUAUGAUCACGAUAGCCCGAUGUCCGUGACUCCAUGGAUCAGCGGGACACUCGUCAUCAUGUGCUUCCAGAACCCAAUCACUGGCAGGAGUUGCGGUCCAUGUAGCAUGCUGUUCUUCGCCUCCUUCUACUCCUUCUUAAUCUGUUUCUUCUUCUACUACUACGUCGAUACCUCUGGAGCGGACGUAUCCAGCGGCGGGGCUGCGUUUUUCGCCCGCGGGCCGCUCUCCUGCCCGUUCCCCCGGUGCUACCCUCACCUCUUACGGAAGAUCCCCAAGAACGAGACGUUCCAGAGGCACCGGCAGCAGAUGAUGGUGCCCAUAUCUGUGCCAGACCACAAGCCGUUUGAACUCCGAUGCCACACAUGCGCACUGGUGACCAGCUCCGGUCAGCUCUUAGGCAAGAGGGCGGGCAAGGCCAUCGACGCCACGGAGUGCGUGAUCCGCAUGAACGACGCCCCCACGCGGCGCUACGAGGCAGAUGUCGGCUCGCGCACCACCGUCAGGGUCGUGGGUCACUCCAACUUCCGGCCCACCUUCCAGAACAAGCCCAGCAACCAAAAGACUCACUUCAUGUACGAGAGGACCAAGAGCGAGAACAUCAUCAUCGCCUGGCUGUACGCCACCAACGUCUACAAGAACCCGGCCUACCGGUUGAUACUCAACUACUCGCAGCUGUACAAGAAUGUCAGCUUCUACAUGCACACGCUGGCCAUGAUGCGGUACAACAACGAGGUCUUCCACAACGAGACCGGCAUCACCAGGACCCAGGCCAAGACAUGGCUGACCACCGGAUGGCACACGAUGUUGCUAGCCUUGGAUAUGUGCGAUGAUCUCAUCGUGUACGGAAUGGUGUACGGAGACUACUGCUUGGAGCACCCAAACGAUUCCACGCCAUACCAUUACUACGGCAACGCGGGCAACACCACGCGCACCGAGUGCGGCUACUACAUGAAGAGCGAGGAGCGACUGACAAGCGGCCAUCUCUUCGUCACUGAGAAGUUCAUCUUCGCCCGCUGGGCCCAGAAGUACAACAUCAAGUUCAUCCACCCGAGCUGGAAGACUCCGAGCGAGGCCGACAACCGGACUGGGCUGGACUCCCCCUUCAUGAGGCUGUACCGGGAGAAAUACGGCUGGAACAGGACUAAAGACGCACCGGCGGUGGUCGUUGCCGGUGCGGGCAGCGGGAAGAACCGGCCGGACGCCGGGGCAAAGCACAGCGGCGAGAGCGAGAGAGCCUCGCCGAGGAACGGUGCUGGGGACCCGCUGAUGGGGAACCCCAAAGACGGUGCUGAGAGUCGGGAGGAUGCGGACUAUGCCUUCCUGAUGGUGGGAGGUCGCAAGAUCAGAAGACAAAAAGAGAUGGUUACGGAUUCUGACAGCUGAUAAUAAUCGAUGAAGAGAAAGAAAAAAACUCAAAGUGAGAGAUGAUGUUCUUGAUUGCAAUAUGCCAAGACGUUGGUAGCUGCAGCUCUGUGGGUGGUUAUUUUUCAGACGAUUCAAAAUGUUACGUCGUGCCAAAGUGUGAUGAGUUUGUUCGAAGUAGUGAAUGGAUGGAGUAAAAUAUAUCAAUCAAUAAAUACUCCCCGAUCUCUCACUUCUAGUUUCCACACUUCUUUCCUUGAGUUCUUGCUGCACCUAUCUUCCCAUGUUUGGCAGUGAGGCAGUAACGCUGGUCACAAGACCCGUCCUGUAUUAUCACCCUCGUUAAUUUCAUCGGAGCAGUUGGACUUUUUACCCUGUUCUGUGUUAUGUCCUGCGCUGCCUUGCUGAUCUCGGCAGCUGCUAACUGCCCUGCAGCGACUUGCAGUAAACUGCUAGUACAUAUCAGAGCAUCAUUGCUGCACGUUAUUACCACAGUUUUCCAUCUCACGUAGAAUCUAAUGCCGGUUGAAUCUCAAAAGAACCAGCAGUAUACCGACUCUGGUGUACACAGCAGCCGAUCUGUGCAUGGGGCAAGGUGGACACUGAGAUGUUUCUAAAUCAAGUUUUGUUUUCUAUUCCUUUGGCGCCUACAACUUUCUGUAACAAAAAAAGAGAGAUUUGUCAUGGGAAUUUGCUUGUCCAAAAUUACUGAACAUCCCACGCUUCCCAAAAUCGGGAAUGAGACCACGCCUGUUGCAGUUGGACAACAUGUUGCCGGCCGAGUGGAUUCCGUGCAUUAGAACGCCCUCAGCGGUACAAAUGCACCAUCACUAAAGGACACUUGGGAUCCAUUUUGUUGUCGCGUGAUGCGUCCUUCAUUGGCCAUCGUUGGUUGACCAAAGAGCGCCAUCUGUAUUUCAUGCACGGAGCGAAUGAAACAAAUGUGAUUGGUCGAGAACAAAAUGGAUUAAAAAUCAACUUCAGUAAUUUUUGUUUAUUGUGUAUGAUAUACCUCCUAGCGGAAUGAAAUAUUGUAGUAGUGAGUUUCAGGGUAUUUUAAUAUUUUCAUGCAAAACCAAUAUUAUAAAUAUAUAGCUAAAUAACAUACUCUGUAUUAUAUUGAAUUAUUUAAUAUCAAAGUUGGUCUGUAAUUAGUAUAAAUAGUUAUUUUAAACACCAACGAAUUUGAAACAUUAUGAAAUAUACUAUUCCACACUAUGUACUUAUCGUAUACAAUAACAUAUGUAAAGUAUAAUUUUUUGUUUUGUUUUAAAAGGCACACGAUAUGCAAUAUAUAUUAAAUAAACAGUAAGUUAUGUCAACAAA